AUGAGUGACGACCAAUCUUGGAAAGCACAGUUGAACCUUCCCAAGAGAGAUACCAGGCCUCAGACUGAUGAUGUGCUCAAUACUAAAGGUAACUCAUUCGAGGAUUUCUAUUUGAAAAGAGAACUUUUGAUGGGUAUUUUCGAAGCCGGUUUCGAAAAACCUUCGCCAAUUCAAGAAGAAUCUAUUCCUGUGGCUAUUGCUGGUAGGGAUAUCUUGGCUAGAGCAAAGAAUGGUACCGGUAAGACUGCUGCUUUUGUGAUUCCUGCGUUGGAAAAGGUUAAACCCAAAUUGAACAAGAUACAGGCCUUAAUCAUGGUCCCAACGAGAGAACUUGCAUUACAAACGUCUCAGGUUGUACGUACAUUGGGUAAGCAUUGUGGCGUGUCAUGUAUGGUGACCACUGGUGGUACCAAUUUGAAGGAUGAUAUUAUGAGGUUAAAUGAAACUGUACAUAUUCUAGUGGGAACUCCCGGUAGAGUGCUUGAUUUGGCUUCUAGAAAACUGGCCGAUCUAAGUGAGUGUUCCCUUUUCAUUAUGGAUGAAGCAGAUAAGAUGUUGUCGCGUGAUUUCAAGACAAUUAUCGAACAAAUCUUGAUCUUCCUGCCUCAAUCACACCAAUCUUUGCUAUUUAGUGCUACUUUCCCCCUAACGGUGAAGGAGUUCAUGGUGAAACAUUUACACAAGCCUUAUGAGAUUAACUUGAUGGAAGAAUUGACUCUUAAAGGUAUAACUCAGUACUACGCUUUUGUCGAAGAGAGACAAAAAUUACACUGUCUCAAUACUCUGUUCUCAAAAUUGCAAAUCAACCAGGCCAUCAUCUUUUGUAACUCCACUAACCGUGUUGAAUUACUGGCCAAGAAGAUUACAGAUCUAGGUUACUCUUGUUAUUACUCACACGCCAGAAUGAGACAGCAGGAAAGAAACAGAGUGUUCCACGAAUUUCGUCAAGGUAAAGUUCGUACUUUGGUGUGUUCUGAUCUACUGACUCGUGGUAUCGAUAUUCAGGCAGUCAACGUGGUUAUAAAUUUUGAUUUCCCAAAGACCGCAGAGACCUAUCUACAUAGAAUCGGUAGAUCUGGUAGAUUUGGUCAUUUGGGUUUAGCGAUUAACUUGAUCAACUGGAAUGACCGUUUCAACCUUUACAAGAUCGAGCAGGAACUUGGUACCGAGAUUGCAGCUAUCCCAGCAACCAUUGACAAAUCUCUGUAUGUGGCAGAUGACGCGUCUGCUGUACCAGUUCCAUUUCCAAUACAGCAACAGCAUCAGCAAUCGCAGCAGCAGGUACAUCAACAGCAAUACAUGCCACCACAACAGCAGCAGCAAGCGAUGCCUCCACAACAUGGGUAUCCUAUGCAGGGAAUUCCCCAGCAAGGCAUCCCUCCUCAGGGUAUACCUCCCCCUCAAAUGCAAGCACAUUUCGCUGCUCAGCCUCAGUAUUGA